UUGGCUUUUGAAGAUGAUACUGCGAAGGACCAAAAUGAGGAGAUCAUCGCAACAACAAAGAACGACAACAGAUAAUACUGUGAGGAUAGAACAAGAUACUCCAACAGCUUCCAGCCCACCGGCCGUUAGCACACCUCUGAGCCCUCCUGCUCAGCCUAGCAUACCUCCCAAACAAGCUCUAUCUAAUCAACCCGAAACGCCCCCCAAAUCCGCCACUGAACCUAGAGGUGCACCGCCUCUGAAAUCUCCUGAGCAACCCAUCACAACCACUCCAAAUGAACCUACCUCUGGUGAAACCCAAGCACCUCCCAAAGCCCCCCAGCUUGAACCUCCCAAAUCACCCCAUGAACCUAGCACGCCACCACCUGUUGAUUCCUCUGGACAUCUGGCCAACGCAUCUCCGAAACUGCCCUUUGUCAUCGGGGUAUCGGGAGGUACAGCAUCAGGCAAGACCGCAGUGUGUAACAUGAUAAGAGACCGUCUCCGCAAUUCUCAUGAACGGCUCUAUGAUCGUAGGGUUGUGCUAAUCAGUCAGGACUCAUUCUAUCGCGGACGCUCUUCAACAGAAGAGGAUUUGAAACAUGCACCCGAGUCCAAUUUCGAUGAUCCCGAUGCAUUCGACAAGGAAAAGCUCUUAGAGUGCAUUCAAAAGCUCAAAUCCGGUCAGUCUGUUCAAGUCCCUCAAUACAAUUUUAAGAAGCAGUGCUCUGACAGUUAUCUACAGGAGGAUCCAUGCGAUGUACUCAUCUUGAAAGGGAUAUUGCUUUUGCAAUGUCAACAUGUCCGUGGCUUGUUGGAUAUGAAGGUUUUCAUCGAUACAGAUGCUGAUGUAAGGCUUGCCAGAAGAAUAAAGCGUGACACCGAUGGGCUGGGUAGAAAUGUUACCUCUGUGCUUGAGCAGUAUUUGAAGUUCGUGAAGCCUGCUUUUGAUACUCAUAUCUUCCCAUCAAGGAAGCAUGCAGAUUUCAUCAUACCCAAUGGUGUGGAGAAUCAUGUUGCCAUGGAUACAAUCUUGCAGCAAGUCCAGAAAAAGAUUGGCUAUCAUAACCUCUGCUACACAUUAACCAAUCUAAAUGUCAUUGAGCCUACAUACCAGACACGAUGCAUGCAUACUCUAAUUCGUGACAAGGAAAUAUCAAAGCAUGAUUUUAUUUUUCAAUCGGAUCGUUUAAUUCGUCAGGUGGUGGAAAAAGGCCUUGCCUGGUUUCCUUCUUCGCAUUUUACAGAGAAACAAGUAACUACUCCUCAAGGAGAACCAUACAACGGACUUUGUUUCACGGAGAAAUUAUGUGGCGUAUCCAUUGAUCGAAGUGGAGAAGGCAUGGAGAAAGCAUUGCGUGCAUGCUGUGCAGAAAUUGACAUAGGAAAAAUCCUCUUCCUUGGACCUGACCAGGUUCAUGACACGCUUCCAAAAGAUAUUUCAGAAAGGAAUAUCCUGCUCUUGGAUCCUGUUCUUGCCUCAGGUGAAUCUGCCAUCCAAGCAAUUAAACUUCUGAAGUAUAAGGGAGUCCAUGAGUCUCAAAUCAUACUCCUCAACAUCAUCUCUGCUCCAGAAGGAAUAGAAAGAGUAUGCAAACAAUUUCCAGCCCUAAAAGUUGUGACUUCAGAGAUUGAUGUUGGACUAAACAAACAAGGCAAGGUAAUACCUGGAAUGGGAGACUUUGGAGGCCGCUACUUUGGGACUCAUGACUGCUAAUUUCGAUCAUAUUAAUAACU